AUGUCCGUCGAAGUCCUCAAGACCAUUUCCCCCACGACCAAUGAGCCCAUCAUUACCCGCAACGGCGUCUCCCAGGCCGACUUAGAUGAGCUUCCCAACACCGCCACCAAGGCCUUCGAGUCUUGGAGCAAGACCUCCCUGGCCGACCGCCAGGCCAUCGUCAAGAAGGCGCUGAAUCUUCUGCUCGAGAAGAAGGAUGAGCUCGCCGAGGAGCUCACCGUCCAGAUGGGCCGCCCCAUUGCCUACACCGGCGUCGAGGUCGCCACCGCGGUGAAGCGCGGCGAGUACCUCCUCAAGAUCAGCGAUGAGGUGCUCAAGGACACCGACGGCGAGCCGGAGAAGGGCUUCAAGCGCUUCAUCCGCAAGGUCCCCGUUGGUCCGGUCCUCGUUCUCUUCGCGUGGAAUUACCCUUACCUCAUCUUGGUGAACUCACUCAUUCCUGCCCUGUUGGCGGGUAACACCGUCAUCUUGAAGCCGUCGCCGCAGACGCCCACGAUCGUCGAGCACGUGGCCAAGGUGUUUGAGGCGGCCGGCCUCCCAGCUGGCGUGCUGCAGUACUUCCAUUGCGGCUCCCCCAUCAUGAUCGAGUCCAUCGUCCGCAACCCCAAGGUGAAGCUCGUCGCUUUCACUGGCUCCGUGGCCGGCGGCCUCGCAGUGCAGCAGGCGGCGUCGGACCGCGUCGUCAACGUCGGGCUCGAGCUCGGCGGCAAGGACCCGGCCUACAUCCGCGACGACGUCGACAUCGACUGGGCCGCGGCCGAGAUCGUCGACGGCGCCGUCUUCAACUCGGGCCAGAGCUGCUGCUCGGUCGAGCGCGUGUACGUGGCCGACAAGAUCCACGACGCCUUUGUUGCGGCCGUCCAGAAGGUUCUCGAGGGGUACAAGCUGGGAGACCCUUUCGACAAGGGCACGCACGUCGGGCCCGUCAUCUCGAAGCGGUCCAAGGAGGCGAUCGAGUCGCACAUCCAGGACGCCAUCGCCAAGGGCGCCACCGACGCAACCCCCGCCAACGAGUCCUUCAACAACCCGCCGCCCAAGGGCAACUUCGUUAAGCCCACGCUGCUGACCGGCGUCGACCACUCCAUGACGGUCAUGACGGAGGAGACGUUUGGGCCCGUCAUCCCCGUCCAGCGCGUCAAGAGUGACGACGAGGCUGUCCAGCUCAUGAAUGACAGCGAGUUUGGCCUGACGGCCAGCAUUUGGACCAAGGACACGGACCAGGGCUACGCGCUCGCGGACCAAGUGGAGGCGGGAACCGUCUUCGUGAACCGCUGCGACUAUCCCAGCCCUGACCUGGCGUGGACCGGGUGGAAGAACUCGGGCAAGGGGCAGACCCUCAGCCGCUUCGGCUUCGACCAGUUCGUCAAGCUCAAGAGCUACCACCUUAAGGACUACCCCAAAUGA